AUGCCACACCCACAUGCCUCCACCAGCUCAUCCGUCCUUCCUUCACAAUACGACGCCAGACAACACGUCGGAAUCACCGCAGAACGGGUUACGAAUGUCUCGAGUACGGAUUAUCCGGGACAUUAUCCCGACGAGGACCAUUCGUGGGAUUUGCAGAAGUUCAAGGAGACGUUGAAGGUGAAGGUACAGAGUCUGUCGAACAGGUCGAUAGAGUUCGACCUGGUGGGUGUGGACGCGUCAAUCGCGAACUCGCUGAGGCGAAUACUGCUUGCAGAGGUCCCCACAAUAGCCAUUGAAUUGGUCUACGUAUGGAACAAUACCUCCGUCAUGGUCGACGAAGUCUUUGCACACCGUCUAGGCAUGAUCCCCCUCAAUAUUCCACCACAACUCAUGGACAUGCGGACAGUCAACGACCAACCGACCGACCGCAACACCGUCGUCUUCAAACUCAACGUCGUCUGCGAGCGCAACCCUUCCGCCCCAAAAGACUCCACCGACCCCUUCGAACUCUACACAAACCACGAAGUCCUCUCUUCGCACCUCAAAUGGGAACCCGCAGGCGAGCAGGCAACCGUCUUCGAGGCGGCGAGUCUGGUUCCGGCCCCGACCAAUGGGAACAUCGUGCUGAAUAAGUUGAGGCCGGGGCAGGAAAUUGAUGUGGAGAUGCAUGCGGUGAAGGGUGUAGCGAAGGAUCAUGCGAAGUUUCAGGCUGUUGCAACUGCGUCGUACCGCCUCCUUCCUCUCAUCAUAUUAAACCCGUCAAAACCGGUCCCACCACACCUCGCCACAAAAUUCCAACAAUGUUUCUCGCCUGGUGUGAUCCGCGUGGACCCGAAAACGAAAGAAGUGAGCGUGGACGAGGAGGGGAUGAGGAAGGAGAGUAUGAGCAGGGAGGUGUUGCGGCAUCCGGAGUUCGAGGGAUGUGUGACGUUGGCGAGGAAGAGGGAUCAUUUUAUCUUCAACAUCGAAUCCGAAGGCGCGUACGCUCCGGAAGCCCUCUUCCUCGAAUCCAUCAAGGUCAUGCGCGAGAAGAUUUCCGUCCUAAAACGCGCCGUUGAGGCGUUCUCGAAUUCGUCGGGGGACGGAGAUAUCCAGAUGGAGGAUGCAUGAUGUAGCCUGUACUUAGCUGGUGUACCGAGU